AACUACUCCAGUCCGAUAUAUUUAUCCUGAGUGUCAAGAGAAUAUAAAGGAUCACUCCGCGUGUCGCAAAGAAAGAAGAAAAACUCGUAGUCGUGCGUAGUACAAAUGUGGGAAAAUAAACGGAUUUAUGACAAGCAGAUAGAAAAAAUAAUAAUUUGUUGGAAAAUACGUGUAAGUGUUUGUUGCAAAGUAGUCUGUUUGCAAUAUCGUGAUAACAUAUUGUGCGUAUGUUUUUGUGCCAUAAUAAAAUAAUCAUGAUUUGUCACAGUCAGUAUCUACGGUCGUCUAGCCGCACCGGCGACGGGUCAGUAGGUAAUGUUUAAUAUGUUAUAGGUACGCGGGAUUGAUCGUUAAGCGGUGGGAAAAAGUGUGGGCAGGCUUAUAAAAAAUUCACAGACAAAUGCAGUAAUAACGCCGGUGCGGUCGAUCAGUGGAUAUUACGGCGUUGAUGCCGACGACUGUACGACGGCGUUGACGGUCAGCACAAAAGAACAUCGAUAAUAACAAUAUUAUGGUUUUCUGUUUGAGUACGACUUGGGGGGGCAGACGAAUUAGAAUAAUAUAUUAAAAUCUGAAAGCCGUUUUAUCGAUCCGGUUAUCGCGAGUGACCAUCGGUUUGACGACUUUAUGCGACCACCCGAAAACCACUGCAACGGCCACCCGGAGCUGCAACGUGUGCGCCUUUACCGUAAAAGUCCAGCGUUUCAAAAUGGUUCUGUUUCGAAGUCGGAACUCGAUACGCAACGAAGAUGUUAUCCCGGACAUUUCAGCACCUAGACUUCUGAGGAUGACGGCCAUCAGAAACAGUAUGCGGGCAGAGCAGCUCAGAUUUGCAGAGAAGUCGUAUCACACUGACUUGUACGACACACAAAACAAUGUUGGUGUGUGGAACAAGAACAUGGGACAAAAGUGGCGCAAGAUUCGUCGGCGAUGUUCAUCGUUCAAUGCCGGCGGUAAAAGCAUCAAGGGCGACGAAAAUAGGGGUGUACAUUUGGAUUGUGACAAUCACCAUGAUAGGGGUUUUCUGAUCCCGUCGUCUCCACAGCCUUCGCCUGCUGUGGCCGUGCAAGAUAUCAUCCGGUCAAGAAUUAACCGUAUGCGAAAACGUUGUCCACCCACGCAACCCGACGCAUCUACCGCUUGGAAGACGACGACGGAUUCGUCCACGUUCUACGUGCCUUCCCCAUUAUCGACUCCCGAAUACGAAGAAGCCGACGACGAUCACAACGGACCUUGCUCGUUGCCGGCCAUUUUCGAUAACCUCGGCGACAAUCUGGCAUCACGGUGUCGCAUCGUGGAAACGCCAUCGUCGUGCUCUUCGGGACGUGGUACUGAUGACAGCGACCGGUCUUCAGUGUCCUACAGUGAACAUGGUUUUAACAGCAUUGCUACUGGCAACCCGAUUACGACGUCUCAUGGAUUCGACCAAGACACCCACAACGGCCGGUGCAUUGGCCGUCGGCCCAGCGCCAACAGAUUGUCCUUGAACAUCGUCACCUCCUCAAAGCGUUGCAGUGAUUACGAAACGGACGACGGGUACAACGACGAAGAGGACGACGAGUACGUCAAUUGCAGCCUUCUGUUGCAGAACAAACCUAAAAUGAGAUCUUGUCGCCGGUGGUCGCAAGCCGACUCGCUGGUUUUAGACGCGACACCUCCAAUUUCGGACGAGUCCAUGCGGUUAAACGAUCAGCAGACCGACGUCGUUUACAACGUAGGCUCGUUUCGCAUAGGUGGACCGGUAUCCGUGUCCGGCAUUAAUUCCUUCAAAAUUGGAGCUCCAGUUACCGCCAAUUCCAACAUUUUAUCCGUCACACCCGACUAUGUCCAAUACGCACCAUCCUCGCUGACGUUCACGCCGCCGCCACCACCCACAAUCACCGGUGACCCACUGGACAUCAGAUUACGGACGCCAUCCAGUAGGACAACCACAGACUUGCCCGCCAUUCCCGAGUCUCAACAAUGGAACCGGAUGCCCGUCGCCGCCACAGUGGACAGACUCGAGAGAAAUGGAUCGACGAAGGCGAGACGAAAUAUUUAUCGCACCAUCGAUAAAAAGAUAACAAAUUCCAUCAGCACCAGUUGCCGACGCGACGUUCAGGAAAAUAAAAAGGAAAAUUGUUUUUACACGUUGCCACGGGGAGGCGGCAAAGACGCAUGUUUCACAAUCAUGACGGUCAAGUUCCAUAAAGGUCCGGGAAACAAAUGCUUGGGCUUCAGCAUAGUCGGCGGUACAGAUUCACCCAAAGGAACGAUGGGCAUAUACGUGAAAACUAUAUUUCCCAACGGACAAGCCGCUGACCUACAAUCUUUGAAGGAAGGUGAUGAAAUUUUGACUGUCAACAACAAACCAUUGCACGGUCUAAGUCAUCAAGAAGCAAUAGCAGUCUUCAAAGAAAUUAAAUUAGGUGAAGUGGCUUUACACAUAGGAAGGCGAGUUCCAAAGAAAAAUCGCGAAUCAUGUAAAACCAUCAGAGAUCCUUGAACGAAGAAUUUACUACGAUUCUCUUUCAAUGGAUAUAAUUUGUUUCAAACCUAUUGUACCUUUCAUAUUUUAUAACUGUUUGAUUUUAAUACAUUUUAUUGUUACCAAAGUGUAAUGAAUUGUAAUAUUAUAAAUUUUAAUUAUAUUUUAUAACUAAACAUUAAAAACUAUUUUUAAUAUUUGUUUAAAAAUGUAUUGUGACUGGUGUAUUUUUGUUGUAGCCUACUUUUUUAAGAUACGUAAGAAGAGAUU